GGGCCACGGCCCGCCGUGGUCCCUGACGAUAUAUUUGAUUCGCACAAGACCGAUCCAGAACAAAAAGUGCUCGGCCACAUUCAAUUCCAACAAUUUCCCAAUUGUACUGUGAGGGCCACUGGUAUUGUAAAUAUAUGGGAUCCUUGCGAUCCCAAAUGCGAAUACGAUCGCGAUGAACGAGUCUACGAUAUCCAUGUACUUAAUGGGGGUUAUCCGCCUAAUAAAGACAGUUCCAUCGUCGACCUGGAGGAUAUUGUGAACAGCAGUGGUGAUCUUGAUUAUCCUUUUCAAAGUUUUAUAUACAUUCCCGGCUCACUCUCACUUUUAAGGGAACCUUUUGCUAAUCUCGGCAACAACUACACGUGUGUAGUGAUGUACGAACGUUACGAUGAUGAUGUAAUGCUUGGCUCUGCUCCUAUCACAAAACCUUAA